AAAUUGAGCCCCACAUGGCGGCCCAAGCCAAAAUUCCUGUCGAUACUUAUAAUGGAGAAAUUUUGAUUCCAAAUUCCAAAAUUAGAGAUUGUGUAAUCAAGGAAACGCUUACUCAUGCUAUAAACGGUUAUGCCCUAGUUGACCUAGAAAAUCCUAGUAACACCUAUCAAGAAAUUUCCUUGUAUGAGCCUAUUGUUUCAUUUCCGUUCGACGCAAACAAUUACGCUUUAUUCCACGCUAUCAUUAAACCAUCUGAAUCAGUUUCGCCGUUGCGACAUGAUCUCAGUAAACUGAUACGAACAUCCCAUUUAUCUUCCAAAGAAAAUGCAGGACGAUGA